GCUAUGGUUGCUUUCGCUUCUACGCCGUUCUAGGUCUGGCUCGUCGACCGCGUUACCCCUCCAACUGGCAGGCCUUGAGUCCGAGGUUGAUAACGACGAGCGAUAAUUGGUCUUGACUGACGACAGCGCAUAUUGCACCAUCCUUCAGCCUCAUCUCGCCGAGACGUCGAGCUCUCUGAACCUUUGGUACAGUCGUUUGAUUGUACUACUCACUGCGUCGUAUCCUUGGCAUAAUACUUUUCAAUGUUGAACACCGUGCAUGCGGAAUCAGAAGUGACAUUCGACGACAUCUAUGAUGUUCUCCCACAAAAGCGCGUUCGUCACAUAACAUCUAUCCAAAUCCGCAAUCUGACCCCGUUCCCUGUCCGAGAUGCCUUUGCAUCCGCUCUCUCUCAGCCUUCAGAGCAGCCGCAGUUCAGCACCCACGGUCAUCUAACUGACGAUUUGGACAUUUCCUUGACGUUGAAACGAAGCCGUCGGGUGUCGAUUAAUUCGGUGGUGACUUUCCGCAGCAAGAAGUCCGAAGACAUAGCUGGAGGUGAAGGCCAGGGGACAGGGGACAGCGCGGCAAUAUCCAGAGGAAGAUUGAGAGCAGGUUCUCGCGCUAGCAGUGCUGGUGUUUCCAGUAAAUUUGCAUCUGGUUCUGCUCCUACUAUUCGCCGACAUCGAGCCAGCUCCAAUGCUUCGUCGCUUGCAGCCACCUUAUCUGGUCCUGAUGUCUCAGCACUGGCGUCAACUUCAGCUGCUCCUUAUAACACGCUCUUUCAUCACCAUACACAAACUGAACUGGAAGGUGUCAUUCGAACACGUCUGGUUGAAACAUUCCUAUCCAUCACAGUACAUUCUCCUUGUAAUAACAUACCUGAAGACACUACUCCCUUCCCCUCCCCUCAUAGACCAGCUAGCGCCUCUCGCUUAUCUGUGCCUCACAGUUCCCCUGGUUCGAAGACUAAGAAACCCAAUGGUACUGAUAAUGUCAAGGGCCACAAGCCAACCGUCAGUAGUGUGGAGAGAACAACACGUGCAUCGCGUGUAGCUACUCCCAAGUCUUUGUCCUCUACACACUUGAAAUCUGCCUCGACGUCGGUGCUGCGAACCAACGGACAGGCGUCUUCGACCGUAACUAAAUGCCCCAGCCCUUCCCCUCGGUCACAAUCAGAAAGUCGCUCCUCUCCCGUACCAGAUUUCCUAUCCCCUAUACAUCCUCCUUCCACAAACCCCACAUUUCGGAUAGAUCCUCGAACCGACUUUUCCUCUUUGACUGAUAUUACUGGUGGAGACCUUACUGUUCAAGUUUGGGCCAAGAGCACGGUUGAGGGGCAGAAUGACCCCAGCGGUAAAGGGAAAGGUCGCCUGUUCCCUAGCGAGACUGAAUGGAAGCUGCUGGAGAAAUGGGAUUUCAAUCUGGAAGAGCUGGUACCAGUUCCAGAAGAUUUCUCUCACGCAUCACAGCUGCCUUCAAAUACUCUGCUUGUUACCUUAGAUCCGCCAGGCCAUUCUUGUUAUCUCUUGUCCACCAAGAUUCCUCGAAGCAGGACGCCGUCUCCUUCUGUGGGAUAUGCAUCUGACCCACAGACUGACACAAGGAGAGUCCGCCAUAUCGAGGAUAUAUUUCCCUCCGAGAACUCGAUUGAUGCAUUUGUUUCUACUCCGAAACGGUAUAAGCGCGGUUCUAGGCGUAAGUCCCGAUUGUCUGAAGACUACGUACGAACAGCCAGCUGGCAAGACCUCUUCAAAUUGGUGACACUCCAGACAUGUAUUCACGACACACAUUCUUCACUGGAUGAUGUGGCUCAUAGUAUUGACAAGUUCGUAAAAGACAACAGCGCUUUCAAAUUGAGGCGCCGAAUCAAUGAAUGUGAAGCUCGCUUGGAUGAACUUCAAUCCAAUUUUCAGCACCUCCAAACCCUGCGGCAAGAGCGAGAGUGGGAAAUCAAAACUCAUCGGGAUCGGCUAAGACAACGCCGGGAAACACUUGGGCUGGCGAGGAAGCAGCUUUUACAGAGGUCGAAUUACUUGAAUAUUAUAUCGCAAUCUGUGACUGAGGAACGAUCUCGUCUUGAUGUUCUACGAAAUCGAAUUAAACCAACACGGACAACACUCCUUUCGACGUUAUCUUGGAUCUUUCCGAUUGAACUGCGCUCACCUCCGGACCUGUUGUACACCGUCCUCGAUGUACCGCUUCCUAUACCAUUUGCCUCAAACGACCCAGGACCUCCCCUAUCCCUGGCUUCCCACAAUGAUGUGAACGAAGAUACUGUUGCUACAGCACUAGGUUACGCUGCUCAACUCGUUCAAUUCAUAGCGGUUUACUUGGGCAAAGGCCUAGUAUAUCCUGUAACCUUUGUGGGCAGUCGUAGUCUAAUCCGUGACGGGAUUUCUGCGAUGGUGGGGCCGAGAAUGUUCCCCCUUUUCUCCAAAGGGGUCGAUACAUACCGUUUCGAGUAUGGUGUUUUCCUGCUUAACAAAGACAUCGAAUUGUUAAUGUCUGAUUACGACCUUCGUGCUCUGGACAUGCGCCAUACACUUCCUAACCUCAAGAAUUUACUUUUAACGCUAACUAAUGGCGAGGGAUUGCCCGAAGGUCGCUCCCGACCGUUUAACUCACCUACAUUGUCUAUCUCCGGAUUAGAGUCACCCCGCCCGGAAUCUCCGAUGGGUGAGAGCCCUGCAACACCCAAGCCAACCGACCGCGAGCUGCCCUUCGAGAAUUCAACACCUCCUGCCAGCGGCUCGACAACACCGACUACCGUUGAUGCAAUUAAGAAAGGACGGACAUUUAUAAACCUAAACCAGCUAGCAGGUUUCCUGAGUCUGCGUUCUCGGUACCCUACGUCUCUGAUAUCCAAAAGUCCGUCCGACGGCGAAGGAGCUCAUGCAAAUGGAAAUACCCCCGAAGUAUCAUCGGAGGAUACACAAGAGGAAAGCAGUGGCGUGACGGAGGAGGAUGAUCGCCGGAUUAUCCGUUGUGAAAACGAGGGUGAGAGGGCAGACUCCGAUGAGGAUAAGCGCGCAUCCAACGGGUACUGGCAUGGAGGCGAGUCGUCUGGCUCUCCGGGACCGGAGAAAAUUAAUGUGGAUGCGGAUCGUCUGUCCCCAGCGCUCCCCACACCGCCGCCUCCGGUAGUAGCACAUAAGUGAGGUUGACUUUUCGAUCUACUCGAACGGGGACUUUAGUUUAUGUACAUCUCAUGGUGCGAGACGUACCACGGAUAUACCUAUGAUGCCAUCCAUUAAUCCUGUGUAUGGUUCGAAAUCGAAGUCUCCCCGAAAUUAUGAACACGUACAAAUGGAGACUAGACUAUUUGUCUGACACAGAGAUCGGGUGUCACAGGCCACUCAAGUACCACGCUCUAGGAUGAAAGGUAUGC